CUCCCCUUGUGUUCUUGCCUUGGGAUCUCUUCAUCUCUCCCUCUCCCUCUUUUUCUAUCUCCAUACUUUUUCUUUAUUAAUCCCUUCAAUUUCUCAAGGUUUCUCGAGGGGUGUAAUAUUAUUCAAUACCCCAUGAGGAAGCCCUGCUGUGAUAAGCAAGAUACCAACAAAGGAGCUUGGUCCAAGCAGGAAGACCAGAAGCUGAUAGAUUACAUUCGAAAAAACGGCGAAGGCUGCUGGAGAACCCUCCCUCAGGCUGCAGGCCUACUUCGUUGCGGUAAAAGUUGUCGCUUAAGAUGGAUAAAUUACCUAAGGCCAGACCUUAAAAGAGGCAACUUUGCUGAAGAUGAAGAAGAUCUUAUCAUCAAACUUCAUGCACUCCUAGGCAACCGCUGGUCACUGAUAGCUGGGAGACUGCCUGGAAGAACAGACAAUGAAGUAAAGAACUACUGGAAUUCUCAUUUAAGGAGAAAGCUAAUAAACAUGGGUAUUGACCCAAAUAAUCAUCGUCUGAGCCACAAUUUCCCUCGCCCUCGGGACCCAUGUACCGCUGCGACCGCAACAUCAUCUGGUUUGAACAACCAUGGAAGUCCGCCGGUGAAAUCGGUUGGUGAUAAUGAUCAGACAUCUGAUGCCGGAAGCUGUUUAGAUGAUAACCGGCGUGCCUUACCUGAUUUGAACCUUGAUGUCGCAAUCACCAUUCCUCAACCUUCACUAGAUACUACCGAAGAGGCGAAGAAACAUAAUGAGUCCAAAGUAUCGAGGGAGCUUGAACCUGGUCCCUCUUCCACGCUGCUCCUCUUUGGAUGAUUGUUAGGUGAACAUGGACGAAAAUUUUAAUUUGGUGGAAAAUUUGGUUUUUCAUUUCCUUGAUCUUAAACCACCACUUAACAUUUAGAAGAGGAAUUAAUUUGCAUAAAGUGAACAAGAGCGGGAGAAAAGCAAGUUCUGAUCGAUGCAUUUGAAAGGCUGAGAGAUCUCCUAGCAGCCAACACCUAUUCAUGAAUUUUUAGUCAUUCUUCCAAUUGAUGAAUUAUAUUGCUCACUAUGACUAAAGUUUACAAAGAAAGGCAUGUGGAAUCGCACUGGAGGUAGAUCCGAAAAAAAGACUACCAAUUGCUUUCUUCCUUUGCGAAGCUUAUGGCAUUGUGGACAGUACUUUGGGUCAGUACACAUGUAUUAGUCAAUAAAUUUGUGACCGAGAAUAUUUGAACUUAUUGUUCAUUUUUAGCUGCCUUUAUGUUUUUGGUAUAUUUUUAUCACGAAGAUUAAUUUUUUGUUUAAA